AUGGCGCAUUUCAAUGGGUUUCCGAGGCCAGGAAACAAUACUUUCCGACCGCGAUUUUCGUCUUUCCAAGGUCGCCCUCACUCAGAUCUGGUUCAUCCACCUCCUCUUAUGGGUGGCCCACCUCCAAGAGUCCAAUUUCCCUCUCAGAAUUUCCCAACUGGUGGAGGCCAGACUCGACAACCAUCACAACCCCCGAGACUAUCAAACCAAAAUUGUUCUCGACAUUUUCGAGGUUCCGAAGCUGCGCAACGAUUUCCAAAUUCUAAGGAAAAGCUGCACAAUAUACUCCAAGGAGCUCUAAAGGGAAACUCACUGUCUUUCUCAAACAAACAAGUGGAUUUCAACUUUUGGCAGUCCACCGUGAAUAUACCCUGGCCAAGACCAAUGUCUUUUGUUGGCGAAGGUUCAUCUAAGCGAGAAGCUGAAAAAAAUGCAGCUGCACUUGCUUGUGUUGAAUUGGAGGUAGGAAGACAUAUAAAUGUAAAGAUUUCAGGAAAGUCUGAGAACAAAUUGAAAGGGUCAAGUUACUUUGAGAUCGAGAAGCUGUUGGAAAGGAGCUAGGAACUUCAGUACAGCCUUUGAAGUCCUCCCCACUCCCGAAACUGAAACUGUCGUAACUCUUAAAAAAUUCUCAUACGAGAAAUGACCCCUUAACCUAGUUCUUCGUAUGACCCCACAAGCCUUAAAAAGAUCCCCAUAUUUCUCUGGGAUGAUCUGAAAUGAUCCUGAGGAAUUUAAGACUGCAGAUUAGCUAACCCUAUACACCUUUAACAUUGGUAGCAUAUUUUCAAUACUAAUAAAGGGAGUGAGUUUCUAAAGAAACUGUGGUGCUGCAUUGGUGGGAGAGUAAUUGCAGGGUAAUUAAUUAUUAUCAACUGAGUUGAUAAUGAAACUAUCCCAACUAACUAACCCUAUACACCUUAACAUCAGUAGCAUAUUCUCAAUACUAAUAGAGGGGGUAAGUUUCUAAAGAAACUGUGGUGCUGUGUUGGUGGGAGAGUAUAACAGGGUAAGAGUAAUUAACUUUUACUCUUUCUGAUGAUCCUGUAAAAAGAAAUUAGAUAUCCAUCAUUCAUGGGGGCUAAAGUGUUAUACAUUGGACUAUGGAUUGGGCUGUGGCUGGGUUGCACAGAGCCAAAUUUAUUUUGCAAGGCAACUGUUUGAGAAUUAAAGCAAUUAAAGCAGAGAAUUACUGAAAAUAAGUGCACCUGGAAAUAAAACAUUGAUUCCACAUGUUUUUUUGGUUUGUUUGUUUUUUUUGCAAAAAUCAAAGAUACAAAACUAUGCAUUUGAUUAUAGCUGGAUUUGCAUCUUGUCUAUAUGUCAAUGGGGCUCAAUGAACCGCAACUGGGUUUCAAAAUGCCUUGUCAUCUAUCUAUUGAUCUUGACAGAGACUUGGAGUUGCAAGUGUUGGAGCGGCCAGUGUUUUAAAGAAAGAAGCUGUGGAGAACAAAGAUGAACCCCGCUGGAUUUACAUAGAUGAUGAGAAAUUGUCUAAAGUUGAAUCAUUUUUGUUAAAAUACUCAGUACUCAGGCAGCAACCUUAUGAACCCAGAAAUCAGCAGCAGAUAUUGCAGUGCCAGCCAGCUCAAGUAGCUGAACAAUCACUAAGACCUGUCAAUGAAAUAGUGUUACCUGGAAGCAGUAAUGAGAGUUAUUCCCAGUCUGUAUCAACAAACCGAGAGGAGUUUAAGCAAGACCCUGUUAUAGUCAAGGAACAUGAUUUUUUAAACUUUCCUGCCCAAAACACUUCUGAAUCAUUCAUCAAAAAGAAGACACAAUACAAUGCUGACAGUUUUGCACCUUUUAAUUCUUUUACCACAUCCUCUGUAGUAAAAGAUGUCUUUAGUGGUUCUCCAUGGAAACCAUUAUUUUCAGAGCAACACAAGGAACUCAGCCAGCAGUUGCUUCAGGAAUUUUCAAACAGGCAAAAUAUGCUGAGGUCAAGAAAUUCAUGCUUUAACAAUGAGACAAAGACAUUGCCUGUUGCAAGUCACAGGUAUAUUGAGGUUUGUUAGCCUAAGAUUAUCCUCAGGCCAUCUAGUCUUGUUCCUAGAGACUUUGUUUACUUGACCAGGGGUGGAUGUUCACUCUACUGGGAAAUGGUAGUGAAGGCCUUGGUCUUGUUUCCACAUGUUUUUUUUUUCUCUUUUCAAUGGUUUGGAAAUACUCUUUCGCUAAAAUAUUUUAGUAGGUAGUGUACCUUGAAAGGAAGGUGUUGAGGUGAAAUUGGCUAUUCUGACAAAACAUGAAUUCAAGGCCCAUUUCUUGUUGAUGCAUUUUUGGAUUCACAAAACCAAGAAAGCUGUAAUAAUGACAGGUUGUCAAUGAUAUUCUGCAUAUUCAGCACUUUUCAGAUUUCUAUGUUGCAUUUAUUUAAUUAAGUUGUUUUAAACCAAGAAAUAAGUAAUUUUUACAUAUAACUUACCUUUUUCACCCCAUGUUUUUAAGGGAGAAUAUCACUGAAUUGAUUGAAAGAAACCGUGUUGUUGUUAUCUCUGGAGAGACAGGAUGUGGUAAAACUACUCAGGUAAGUUGGUAUCGAUUUCAGUUUAAUUUAUCUUUUGCUUAUUUCUUUGAAGGGUCUACUGAGACAGUGGAAAAAUGUUUUGCAAAUUAAACUUUGGUGAGGUAGCAAGACUCUGUCAGUUCUUCAAUUAAUUUGGCAUUGACUUGUACUAUACCAGUGCACCUGAUAAGUUGCUAAUAUAUGUUUAAAAAAGAAGAAAUAGUAACUUGAUCAUUAACAUUUUCACCCCCAAGAGUGAUUAGCAUCUAAUUUCUCCUUGCAAAAUUCCCCCUGAAUCAUACAUGAAGGUCACAAGAAUAAACGAAAUGAUCCUCGAUUAAAGAAGCCCUUGAUUGUUAAACAAAUUCUCCUUGUCAGUAUGUUAGGAAAUUCAUAGAGAAUAGUAUGGAGAAUAUGGAUAUUGAUGUUAGGGCGGAGAGGGUUAAUUUGUCCUGUCUUUGUGACUCAUUAGAUUCCUCAGUUCAUUCUGGAUGAUGCCAUACAAAAAGGCAAGGGCUCAGCUUGCAACAUUGUUGUUACACAGGUAUAAUUGAUCAAAAUUUUUAUUAUUAAUAUUGCAAUAAAUCAGUCAUUUACCCUUAUUUUUUUUUUUAGAGAAAAGAAAGCAGCAAGUCAUUUACAAAUAGUGAUACUAAUAACUAUUAAAUAGUUAUUAGUAUCACAAAUUUUGUCCUUACCUUUUCAUGCAAAUUAUUUGUACCCUUUGUAUUAUUUUUACUUGUUUAUACGCGAAGCAUACGAACAAGUAAUGUGGAGAUUUGAGGUGCAGUUUUUGUGGUAUUAACUUGGUCUUAGGAGUUAGGGAGGAGCAUGCAUCUUAUUAGAGAUAGCUGACCUAGAAGUAAGAAACCAGUGAGGAAUUUGGAUUUCAUUAAUGCUUUUUACUUUGUGAAAUGGCAUGGAUGCAAAUUGCUUAGAAACCCGAAUACCAUGUGGCUUGAACAAGUUUAAUUAACUAUCAAAACUGUGGAAAACAUUUUUUUUGGCUAAAUAACUCUAAAAAAAAUAAGGUAGAAAGAAGCAAAAUGUAGAAAAACUCAUGCCUUUCAGUGUUGGGAAAAAGCAAUGUGUGGUUUAUUACUAACAAAUCAAUGCACAUGUAUGUCUUAGAAUGGUGACAUAAAACAAUGCAGCAAAAAUGUUAAGGGAAAUGCAAAGGCACACAGGUGCUGACACAUAAUGUUUAUUGCUCUUGUUAUUUUUACAGCCACGUCGUAUAGUGGCCAUGUCAAUUGCAGAGAGAGUGGCCUCAGAAAGGGAUGAGAUACUAGGAAAGAGUGUGGGUUACCAGGUAUUGCCUCAGAGGACCAAUAUAGGUGACCUCUAUUUUGAGUAUUGUUUCAAAUGAUCAUUAGCAUGGACUCUUCUGCUUGUUACCUAAUGACUUGUUACUGAGAAGAAGAUCAUCUUGCAUAUCAAGGUGCUACAGUCAAUCUAUAUCAAUUCAAUUGUGUUGGAUAUCAAGUUUUACAGUCAAUCUGCAUCUUUCUGUACAUAUUCCCUGCCACUUCUUUUCAUUUCAUGACUGAAGUAGCCAGAAGAACCUUUUUCCUUUUUUUAAGUUAAAAUGUUUUUUCUUCAUCAGUUGUGUUUAUUGUUGGUCAAUGUGGCAUGUUUCACUGUCAGGUUAGACUGGAGGGCAGACUGCCAUCACAGAAGGGCUGUAUACUGUUUUGCACCACAGGAAUACUACUCAGAAGAAUGCAGAGUAAUUCCCUUCUCAAAGGCAAGUGAUGCAUUUUAAAAUUUUUUUUAUCAAAAAACAAAUGAAGAAAAUUUUUUCUCCCAAGUCAAUUAAAAUACAUCAAGAGUUUUUUUAAAAAUGCUUUACUUUUCAUGUUUUAUCUCCUUUGUUGUAUUUCUUUGACAGGUGUCAGUCAUGUUAUAGUUGAUGAGGUGCAUGAGCGGGAUAUCAACACAGAUUUUCUUCUGAUCCUCCUUAAAGAUUUGCUUGAAAAAAACCAGGACAUCAAGAUCAUAGUGAUGAGUGCAACUGUGAAUUCGGAAAGAUUCUCACAUUAUUUUCGAGGGUAUCUAGUGAAUUCAAUUCUCUUUUUUUUGUUUAGAUAGGGGUUUACAUGUAAACAAUGAAUGAAGAAUAGAGAAUGACAGAAGCUCCAGACUGAACGAAUAUGGUGUCUGAAAUUACUGAGGAGAAUGCACUGCCUUUUCUACAACAUUUGCUAAUGAUCAGAUGUUCUAGUCUUCUUGGAUAAAUUGUAGGCCUCAUCUCCUGCAUCUUUUCUGUACUGGUCAGCAGGGAUGUUAAAAAACUGAUGUCCUUCAAGCAAAGAGUAGAGAACAUGGCUCCCAGUGUUGAUUGGUGUGACUGGUCAAAAUUUUCUGUCAUGAAAAUUGUGAACUGCUUAAUGCAGUCUGAUGUAAGGCAUAUUAGAGCAUAAUGCAUUAUAUGAAAACCGCAUCACCAUCAGUUGGCACAGAAUGUUUAACACAGGCUUUGGUUUUUUUUAUUAUUAUUUUGUUAUUUAUUAAUUUAUAUUCAAUUACUUAUUUUUUUAUAAAUAGCUGUCCCAGUCUGGUCAUUCCAGGAUUCACUCAUGAUGUGACAGAAUACUUUUUGUCAGAGGUCUAUGAAUUCCUGAGCAGAACACCUUUAUCCAAACCUGCAAAUGUCAAGAGCAAACGGUUCAAGCCAGAUUGCAGUUCUUCACAGGUUUUUGUCCAAAAUGUAGUCAUAAUUAUAUCACUUUUUAAGCUUUAAUGUUUGUUCAGUUCCUCAGUGAACCCAGUUCAAAAAUUGUUGCCCCAAUAUUAACAACUAUUUGAAGGAAACACAAAAUUAAUAUAGAAGUGAAAUUCUGUUAAAUUGAAAUACUCUGUUAACCUAAACUAGUGUCAAAUUUCAAAAGUUGUGUCUAAACUUUAAAUGAAUAAAAGUUAUAUUGCCUUUCAUACAUGUAUGCUUGAGUUAGCCAAAAUAAACUCACUUUUCUGUCACAUUAAUUUUAAAGAAGAACUAUCCAGUGGGCCUCCAGUGACUCAAUUUCUACUUUCCUCUGUUCUACCUGGGUUUCAUUUCAAGCCUAGUGUCACAAACGGGUAGUGUUUGCUGGUAGUUCUCAUCCCUGCACCAAAUUUAUCUCUCGGGUCCUCCAGUUCCCAAUCCCCUCCUCUUGACCAAGCCCCCUCCAACCCAACCUUUCACUAAAAGAAACAAUCCUUAAUUUUUUUAAUAAGCAUGCCAGUUUCCCUAGUCAAUGUUAUGUUUAGUAUGACUAACCAUUAGUGGCCAGUCCAAGGUUUUUUAAACAGUAUGAAGAUAACAAACUUGGUAUAUAAAUUGAAGUUAUGUUUUUUAAUGUUUUUUUUUCUCUCAACACCCCAGCCCAGGUUUAAUGAAAAAUGUUGCUGUUCCAGCUAACCUUUGAGCUUUUCUUUAUUCAAGGUAUUACUUGUCUAUGUCAACAGUUUUCUGUGUUUUUUUUUAAGCCUCAUUUGCACAGCUGUUUCUGCAUUUUGAUGUGUUUACAUGUGCAUGUUUAUAUGCACAUAUGUGUGAGUGAAUAAAUUUUACAAUUGCUGAGCUUUUCUGUACAUGGACUCAUCAGGUUAGAGAGGUAAUUAGGAUAAUCUCAUCAUCAACUUGCUAUUGGAAUAAAUCCAAUGGACUAAAUUCUAAUUUUCCUAUUAUUGUUUUUUUUUCUUCUGAAUUUUCUAUCAAUUUGUACUAAAAUCUGUUCUUUAGAUGCUGGAGCUGGGGUGUUGAGACACCUAUUUUUUAAGUAAUAAUAAUCCCAUAGUAUCACUGUUACUCUGGUUGUAGUGCUUUUCUUUUAUGUAUUUACAGUGUGGCCAGCAUAUUUGAAUUGCUGUUAUGACGUUGUUCAGUUGUUGUUAUGGCAAGUUGCUGUCAAAAUCAAUAACUCUUUUACUUACCAGGCCAGUAAGGAUGCGGACAGCCCCGAGGCAGAUGCCGAGCUUUUUACUGAGACAAUUCUUUUUGUGUCUAAGAAUUACCCACAGGUAAGAACAACGUAAAAAGCAUCAUAAACAACAACUUAAACCUCAGCAGAACAGCAAACAGUAUGUUGUUGCGUGAUCGCGGAGAAUUUAGCGAACACGAUGACCGUGAGGAGGUUGGGAUCGAGCGUGCUUUUUAUACUUUUUCGGUAAACUGUAGAAACAAACAAACAAAGCAAACAUACCAAAGAAAAAGAAAUAAAACAAAGCAAAACAAGAACAAGUAGUAGAAAGACUAGUUUUGCAUGUUCAGUUAUAGUAACUACUUUAUUCUGUUGUAUCCUUUCAAUUUAAUUUUCGCCUGGGUUCCACGAUGACUAAUUAUGUCUUUUACUGUCAAUAAUCAUUUCCUCUUUGUAAAUGAACGUCAUCCUUUUUUUUGACAGGGAGCCAUAUUAUGCUUUUUGGCUGGAUGGGAUGAAAUCAAUGUUGUUCAUGACAUGUUGUUAUCCAGGAUCAGUGAUGUACGUGGGAGGUUAUUUAGAUUUUGUUUUAAGGAAAAUCGUUUUUGGUUCGUUACACGACCAGGUUAACUCUUUACAACUUAACAUUGGUAGGAAUAUUCUUCAAACUGUUCUCCAUACAUUUCCUAAGGUGCUGACAAGGAGAAUUUGUUUAACAAUCAAGAGCUUCUUUAGUUGGUGAUCAUUUCCUUUAUUCUCAUGACCUUGGGGGAUUCAGGGGUAAUAAUGUAUAAAUUAGAUGCUAGUCACUCUCAGAGAUUGAGUUUUGUAGGGUGUCAGGCUUGUAUCUGAUUAUGAACAAAACUAUGCAAGGGAAAACUUUCUCCUUGUUUUUCUCUUUGUUGUUCUCUUUGUUUUCCUUGGAUAUAUUUCCUUAGGUGUAAAUUUUAUUUGUAUUUGUUUGAAUAAAUAGUUCUUGUUAAAUUGUUUCAGAAAUCCCAAUUCCUUGUGCUACCACUCCACUCCAUGCUUCCAAUGUUUAACCAACGAACAGUGUUUGAAAGGUUUGUUACCUUAAGGGUAAAGAAUAUCACGUUAGAGACAAUGAACGCAGGGACCCCACAUUUUGCUCGAGUCCUAAGUUGUAUUUUUGUAAAUUUAUAGAAACACUAAAUUUUUUAGUAAAAUGUCGCAUUCUAAAGGGUUGUGCCAUCAUAGCAGACAGCUUUUUUCAACCUUCCGUCGUUUACAGUAACUUCUUGUACGUUUUUUGUACAUAAUUAAUAGCAGUGAAACUGUCCUCAAAAGGAGUCACAUGAAGAAGAAUAUUUCACAGUUUUGGGGAAUCGAUUCCACUGCGAUUUGAUCUAGAACUUCGACGAAUCAAUUAGGCUUGCGAGCGCUGAUAAGAACUAUGGAAGUUUUCUACCGCGAUAAACCUCCAAAACUUUUUAACUUAAAUACAUUGUAUUAUUUAAUUUAGGGGGCCAAUUUAGCAAUUUAGGGGAAUUGACUCAAAGUGAUACUUGGCACUGAUAUCAGGGCCUGUGUUGAUCCUGUUUCUAUGGGUUCCCAUACAGUGAUCAUUAUCAAUUUAAACUGACUACAUACCUAAGUUCGCUUUUUUCUUUCAAUCCUGGGAUUUUCUCACGCGUGUGAGUUAUGUUUAUCGUAAUUAUGAAAAAAAUAUAUAUUACUAACCUUGUUUCAUACCGUAAAACAAUCAGAAACUAAAACCAAGAAAGAUGACAAAAUUAAUGGUGAAUUAGCCUUUUUUACAUUCUUUUAAAAGUCUGUUUCCUUCCCAGACCCCCUGUUGGAGUACGCAAGAUUGUAUUGGCGACCAACAUAGCAGAAACUUCAAUAACUAUUGAUGACAUUGUUUACGUUGUAAAUGCUGGCAAUCACAAGGAAAAAAUUUAUGAUACAGGAAAGAAGGUGAAUCAAAUUAUCAGUAACAAUAAGCCAUACUUUAACCAGCCGGUACCGUUCGUCAAGGGCACUCGCCAAGACGAGAUUUUUUCUUUUUUUGCUCAUCUGCUACUAACGCGCCGUUUACAAUCACGGUCCGAUUUACGAACUGAAUGCCUGAAACAGGCAAACGUUUUUGUGAGUAAAUAAAGGCGGAAAGGCAGCAUGAGUUUCCGAAUAAGCCAAAUUCACAGCAUGAAAGUGACUGCCUUUAGUUCCUAUUGUGUCUGUGUGGAUGUUUCUUAAUAAUAAUCGAUAGGAAUCUCCUUUAGACUGUUUUCGAUGAAAUGUCGUAAAACAAAAACCAGAGAAAUCACAACAACCAAUGGGAAGAAAGGAAAAUAUCACAAGGAGCCAAUGAGGAUUGAAAGCGCAGUAUGUAAAUUGCUUGAAGCGCGGGAAAAUGCGAGUGGCUAAGUCGCAAAUUCUUCGGAAAUUAGAAAGCUCAAUAAUAACGAUUGGUGUUUGACUUCAACUGUUAUUUGUUAGGUGUCCUGUUUGAUGACGCACUGGACAUCUCAGGCUAGUGUGGUUCAGAGGCGAGGCAGGGCUGGUCGUUGUCAACCUGGUUUAUGCUUCAACCUCUUUACAAGACAACGUUUUGAACAUAUGGGUAUGUGUCUGUAUCACAACACCGAUCGAUUUUACUUUAUUGUGAAAGGUGAAACUCGGAAAAUUGUGAACUCGUUGUUUUGAUUCUGAUGAAUCUGUUUUGUGCUGCAGCAAAACUACAUUCAACGUUAGCGUAAAUUGACGUGUGGCUGGUGCUUAGAGCGUGGUUUGUUUUCCAAGGGACUUCCCUGUUUUAAAGUUCCGAAUUUGAUUCAUUGGUGACUUUGAAAACAAACUCUGAUCUGUUUGUGAUUUUUCGCCCAUUGUUUUGUUUAUUAUUGUCACUUUCCAUAGCCCCGUACCAGUCACCUGAAAUGCAAAGAGUUUCCCUCGAGGAGAUCGUCCUUCAAACAAAGGUACGAUAAGAAGUAUGCUUUCAGUUGAUAGUCGUUAAACAAUUUUCCAAGGGAAUACUAAGCUCUUUGCGUAAAUAUUGUAAGGGUAACAUAUUCUGAAUAACGUUCACAGAUCCAAUCUAUAGACGAAUCCUACUCCGUACGGCAAUUUUUGUCCAAGGCCUUGGAUCCUCCGUCGCCAUUUGCUGGUAAAAUGAUGUUUCUUUUCCUAUAUCAGUAAAGAGAUCGUGCUCUUUUCGAUUCAAUCUAAGCUUAAUGUAAAUUUUAAUGGAGAACUCCUCAUGUACAGCUGAACAGUGCAACUGCGCUGUUGCCAAGGUUUUGAGCGUUCUAACCAACUUGCUUGUGUCUCAAAUUACAGUUCACAAUGCAAUAACACAGUUAGAAGAGAUUGGAGCAAUGGAUACCAAGGUACGUCGAACUUUUAAGUACAGGUAACAACAUGAUUUCGAGUGCAAUUUGGUGUUAAUAAGCACGAGUAAAAUUUUCAAAGACAAGUUUUUUAAAAAUUUACAGGUGCUUAUUUACACCAAAUUACACGAGACGAGUCAUGUUGUUACUUGUUAAUAAUUUACAUGAGAAACGCAUCACGGACAAAAUUUUGGCAGCGCGCGUGUGCUAUUUGUAAUUCGUACUUGUGUUACAACUUUGAACCUGUGUUACAUGAAAAAUGCACUCGUUUUUAGCCAAUCAGGCGCGCGUAAUUAAAUUACUACAACAGUAACACCUAUGCUAUGUAUAAUGUGUUUGGUUCUAAUUUGUUAGUAUAUCAGGAGUGAAUGGCAAAUUGUUGAGAUUUCAGUUUAUUACUACAAUAUUAUUACGUUGAUCAGUGAACGUAUAAUGAGCGCGUAUAGUUUAAUGAAUGAUGAAAGGAACAAGAACCUUUUUAUUUGGUUUAAUGGCAGGGGCUCGAGCUACUAAUUAGGAAAGUGUGGCAGAUUGUAAUGUUAGCUUCGUUUUAGGGAAGGAUUGAAGGAUGUCUUAAAACACCGAAGAUAUUUUCGUAAAACUAAUAUCACUUCUCAUUUUUACGACAGGAGCAAUUGACGCCGCUUGGAAGGCACAUGGCGCAUUUACCCGUCGAACCGCGAAUAGCAAAAAUGAUUAUAUUCGGUGCUAUUUUCAGGUGAGUGGUAAUCUGCAUGGGGAAAGUGCCUGAGUGGUUCGGCUUUGUUUAUACUUUUGUCUUAGACGCUCCACUUGCCGAGACUCUUUGCUCGUAAGAGCUCAGUCUUUUAAAAGGAAUUCUAAAAAAGUGACUGAAUCAGUCAACAAUGCUCUUCAGUUUAUAGAAAGAGUUUUAGGUUCAACCUGCGCAGCUGAAGUUUCAUUAGUGUUUGUCGACGCAACGCUGUAGUCAGUAACCCUUGACAUCCUUAGAUAUUCUCAUGAAUAAUCUCUGUGCAUUUCCAAAGGUGCUGGAAAGGAGAAUCUCUUUAACAGUCGAGAGCCUCUUUAGUUGAUGAUCAUUCCCCUUAUUCUCGUGACAUUAAUGUCGCGUAGUUUUCUUGUUCUCGCGUAGGUGCUUGGAUCCGGUGUUGACCAUUGCUGCGGGCCUCAAUUAUAAAGAUCCAUUUGUAUCGCCGCUCAACUUACGAGAGCAGGCUGAUCAGGUACGAUACUAGCUUUCUAGUUUCACCAGUUUCACAUAAACUUCAAGACCAGAAAAUGGCUGAUGGUGAUUAUGGGAAUUUGCAAAUCUAAUACAUUUAUUAUAUCCGUACAGUAGAUGGCUAUGGAAACUGGCCGCCCAUCCAUAGCCAAAUGAAUGGAAGAAAAUAGAAAUAUGAAUUGCAGAUUUGUCAGUGCGUCUUCCCACAUUUCGUGCCCUAGAGCCAGUAGAACAUUGUGUUGAGGUCAUUUAUUGUGUUUGCCCAUAAUUAAUUGAACAAUAGAAGUAGAAAAGGCGAGUCUUUGUAAUUUCAUUGAAUUAUGCAGCAGGAAGGUGGGAUGGGUCUAACCUGAAAUGUUUUAACCCCUUAACUCCCAAAAGUGAUUAACAUAUAAUUUAUCCCUGUAAUAUCUAAACAUUAUCGAGUAAACAGAAUUGAGAAUACUUAGACUUAUCGGGUAGAUUUUGUUAUCUUGAUCUAACACCAAUUUCUUGUAACUAAUUUACAAGGAAAUGCUUAGCAGCAGGAGGGGAGAAUAAACAAUUAGAUCUUAGGAGUUAAAAAGUUAUCGUAGGACGAUUUUAAUUAUAUCUCAGACUGUUAGAAGUCUUCAUUUCUUAACAUGCCGUGGCACGCUAAGAUCGUACAAUGCAACAUCAACACUCAAUCUACGGUGAGGAAAGAUUCUUAUCGUUUGAUUUCUUGCCGCAGUCUCGCAAAAACUUUGCCGGCGACAGCAAAAGUGACCACGUGGCACUGCUGAAUGCUUAUAAUGGUUGGUUAGAGGCCAUGAGUCGAUCUCAAGGGAAACAAUUUGUUCAACAACGAUUUCUUCACUGGGGUACUCUCAAUAUGAUACGUGGUAGGUACCAGGUAUCCACGUUUUGUACAAACCUUCUAAACGUUCCUUCGUCUAGUUUACUCAUGAAAAUGUCGAUUACUCCCUUGUAGUUUCUCAAGGAAAGACUAUCUUUCUCCCCAUCCUGGUAGAAAAACCAUGGCAAUAAGCUUUGCGUGAAAGUUUCUGUUCCAAAUUGAGAUAACUGGGAUUGUUUUGUGCCUGAAAUGUUUUGUGUUUUCCUCUUAGCUCCGCUAAAGGUAUAAAAUUUAGAUGGUAAUCAAGCGUUAGAGUUUCUCUGGCAUCUUUGGCUGAUCGUAAAGCGGUUACAGGGGAAGAGGGGGACAGAAAUUCUGAAACUACAAGCUUUGUAGACAUAUCAUUUCAAAACUCUCUCUGUUCUUUUUUAUUUCAUUUGACUCCCGAGAUCGGAAUAGAUUUGCCUCUUCCUUAAGACCUUACAUCUCUUUGUAGGGAAAUGAGUAAAGAGAGUUUUAGAAGUUACGUGCGAGUCACGGUUUGAUAGUUUAACGGUUAGGCCUUCUGUCACGAUACUUCUUUUGUCUUCCUCUUGUCAAUUUUAUGCGUGAGAGAAAACCGAGUUUUCCUAGAGUGGAACGUUGUUGAUAUUCUCCUUCUAAGAAUCUCAUAAAUCUUUCAACAAGCAGCGUGACUAUUUGAUCCUAAAUACCUGACAGCAGCUGUAUAUUGACGUUAUGUUUUUUCCGUUUAGUCUUGUAUUUUGUCAAUUACAUUCAGUGUGUUAUCACUCGUCAAAAAUACACCUUUGUGUCGUAUUUCAACUCAUGUUAUACUCUAUCGCGUGUAGCACUUGUUUUACAAAGGCAUGCCUCUCCUGUUUGAUUUUUUUUUGGUCAUGUUAGAAAACCUUAAAUGUAAAGUAUAUUAAUUUUUCUUCAUGCUUUAUCAACCUAUGUCACGGGCGUGGAAGGGAAAGAUCUUUGAUAGUCACGCGCUUGAGAGGAUGAAGAUCCUUAUGAGUUUAGCCGAUUUGCGGUGAGAUGAUCCAGCGCUGAGUUGCAAAUAACGCGAUUAUAAGUUAGGCCAUUGGUGGGUUCAUAUGUGAUUUGCGCCCCUCUUACUGCCAGCAUCACCGAUGUCGAAGGCGUCGUGUGAGUAAAUAGAAUAAGAAUGAUAAUAAAUUUGAAACUCGCCCUCUGUUCGUGAGUUAAAAUAUAAGUAAAACUGAGAUUAUUGUGCAAGGGUUUGAUAAUAUAGGGUUUAACCAACACCUAAACCACGAAAUACAGAUUAGAAACGAUAUUCCGGAAGGAAAAAUUUUAUUCCAGUGGACAAAACGAACGAUAAUUUAGCGGAGAAUACUCUACUUUCUUGGCCCUCUUUGACGAUGUCACACACAUGCAGCCGUCUAAUCCUGAGUGGGAUUAAAGGAUGAUCUAGGUAUUUGUAAUGUAGGCCUGUCCCUGAAGUUACUUUCUGGUAAACCUCUACGCUUAAAUUACCUAUGAGGAAAAUCUUACAGCACUGCCCUCUUGAGAUAAAAGGUUGAAAGUAAGCGAACUUUCCCGAACCGGAAGAUACCCGCCCUGCGUUGGUGGGCCUACCUCUUCCUCUGCUUUGACCUCGUCAUUUUAACACUUUGAAGCAUGUAACGAUGAUUGUCAACUCUGACUUUGAAUGGUCCACAACUGAGUCGGCUUCGUUAAGCCAUUUUUAAACUUGUGUCUCGGGCAAGUUACUCAACUGAUUCAGUGAAUGUUGAAAGUAACCAGACGGAAAUAUCGUCAGGUUUUUGACUGCGUAUGUCUUCAAGUUUUGUGUUCCAGACUUUGACACCGGAAUAACAUCUCCGUUUUUGUCUAGCGUGUAUUUCCUCCCCAGUAAUUUGAAAAUAGCUGUUCGUACUUCUUUUGAACGAAAACAGUACACAAAAGGGUUUAAAGAUGAGUUAAUGUAGACUAUCGAAGCCGUAAUUUUGUAGAUGAUGUUCAGCCACAGGCUACCCCCUUCGAGCAAUCUUACCACAAGUGUAGUGAUAAACGGAAUAUAACAGGCCAGGAAAAGCACAAUUACGUAGAGCAUCGUCACCGCGGAGCGUUUGAAGCUGUGAAUAUUUAUACCAGGUGGCGCAAGAUGUCUCUGAUCGCGAGUUUUAUUCUGAAGUUUUCGCACUUGAUGAUAAAUACUGGAGUAGGCAAAGAUCACAAUUGCAAUGCUGUUCACGUCCAUUACCAAAAUGGUAAGCACAAGUACGUUAUACGGGGCACCUAAAAGACGUGCCAUGAUCAUAGCCGUACACAGAACCCAGAAAAACAUGACUACGGUCAAAACUCGCGGAAUUGUAACCAAUGCCUUGUAUCUUAAGUGAAGUUUUAUUGCCAGAAGCCUCUCAACUGAAAUGGCGGAUAUGACCAAGAAAGAAACGCCAGCGCAUACCCAAGCUAAAGAUCCUGUUGUGGUAAUCUUGGCGAUGCAGAAUCCGUCAGAGUUUCUUCUUAUUUCGAAGAUCAUUUGUAGAGCGUACAUCGGUUGAACGAUAGCGCCGACUAGCAAAUCGGAGAGCGCUAGGCUACAAAGAAGCGCGUUUGACGGUGUUCGGAGCGAACGAGUUCUUUUCACGGCCAUAACAACUAGAAUAUUGCCCACUGUCGACGUGACAGAGGUCAGCAAGUUCACUAUAAUGAGGAUAACAUUAGUUAUAAAAGUUUCCUUUGUGUGACUCCAUUCUUCUUUCAGAUGAUAGCACUGUAUCUUGGUUGUUUGCGAUUCGACGGACGGAGAACUCAUCGUGGCGUUUUCCAUGACGGAAAUGUUUACUUGUGGCGCGUGCUUCUUCUUAUUCGAACAGCUUACGUCGCUGAUGAAGUCAAAUGUCACCCAUGCCUUCUGAAUGUCUAUGGAUAUCAAAACAACGACGGAAGCGCGGAAAUCCUAUCUCCUCACAUGUAAACGAGACGAGAACUUACGCAACUUUCAGAUGAAAUUUAUGACUGUUCUUGUCAUGAAAGAUUUCGAAAGUGCUGAAUUUGUCGGCUGGGGGUCAAGUUUCGAAUUCUUAGGAAACUGCUAUGCUAAUUUCUAUUGCUUAUAAUCGUAGCCGCUUUGCUGAAUCCCCAGAGGUGUUACUGUGUUUCCUUUUGACACCAAACGGCGACAGAUAAAGACAUCCUUGCCAGACUGAUGUGAUCUUUGACGACAAGACGUUUUUGUACUAAUCCGAUCAAAGGUUCCUACCUUUUAAAGUACCAAAUGCACUUUACGUGUCCCAGAUGGUUUUGAAAUGCACCUCGUUGGAGUUCUUUCGUUAUGACGAUGAUGAUAUAAGUAGGGGGCUUGAAGUAGUUCAAUUUCCGAAGUUUUGUGUUUUUAAAAAGGCAGAGUCCUUCAGAGGCACGUUUUUCCAGAAGUUUCCUCGUCAUCGAACCAAAUGCUUCGCCGUAAUUUGUCCGGUUGGUGCUAAAAUGCCGGUCGUAGAAAUUCCCUCUGCGAUAAAUCACGUUUUUAAGAGUUUAGCUGGGAUUCCGUUUUUAGGCAUGUUAUGAAAAAAGGACGAGUCCUUCAAGAAUGAGUUUCGCUUGAGUUGAAAAGUAAGUAUGGAAAUGAAUAUCACCGCGGAGUCCAGUUUAGAUUAAGUAUAUUUCUUAUUUGCUUUGGCUAUCAUCAACUUUUAUGCUGAACAAACAUUGCCAUAAGUCUGUGGCAGUUUCGAAAGCGAGAUGCUUAUCAAGCCGGUAAUAAAACCUUAUCUGUUUCAACAAUUGUCACCCGUUCUCUUUUGCCUUCGAGUUGUUUUUACUUCUUGCGGUGCACCUGGCUAUGCUGCGUGAUGUAUUUUGACUUACAAGGCGGUAAUUAGAUUUGUCAGCAAACGCAAAGAGCGGGUAAUGCGGGCUAAAGACACGCGCGUUUGAGAAAUAUAUCUAAUUUUUUGUCUGUCUUCUAUUUAUUUUGUAUUAAUCUCCUUCUAAUCGUUUUUGUUAGAUUAAAUGUUGUUCUUUGUCACAGCCUCCAUGUUUACUUUUACUGAAGACAAAGGGCCAGCAGACUUCCACGAAAGAAUUUCGUUCCAAUAGUGUUACUUGUCAAAAUUUCAAUCGGGCAGUCUCUAAUAUCAACGGUACAAUAUGUGUUUUUAAUUAAUUUUUUAUUUUUAUGGAUUUAUGAUUCAUACUAACCUGGGGCUAUCUUCUUCGUGCCGAUCGAAAGUGUUGUGAAUAUUAUGAUUGUCCAAAAAGCAAUAGAUUGACUGCAUUAUUUAUUCAUGGCGUAACUCCAAAUAAAAACUAAAUAUUACGAAAUGAAAGUGGAAAUACUUAAAACUUGGUCACGUUGCAAUUUUGGCUUUCCCUUACGUCCCAAUUUUGCACUAAAGAACACUAAAAGUAAUAUGUCUAGCGUCUCAGCUGAACAAGCUUUAUGCCGCGAUAAAAAAUUCAAAAAUGAAUACUCAUAUUUUCGCUCCAUCCCCGCUCAUGUCAGACAAUUUUUUUGGAAAAUCUUUCGUAAUCUUUGGUAAGCGUUUGAUGCUCUUCUUGAAAAGGCAAACAUGCACGAGUGGUUUGGAUAAAGGAGGCCAAUGUUUGAGAAAUAAAGAAAAGAACAAAAAAAGCAAAAUAAUUAAAAACACUCCAAGUCGAAAUGAAUGCUUCUCCUUAUAUUUCAAUUACAUUAUGACCGUCUUUAGUUUUAGUUUUUUUCUUUUAUUCUUUGUCUUUUCUUCAUUUUUUAAGUUCUUGAGAGUUUCCAUGUCCCUCUUUUUUUUCUACCAAAAAGUCCCUUUUGUUUGGGUUUCCUGUUAUUUGAAAGUUGAAUCGUCUUUAAUGGCUUCAAUACUGUGUGUCGAUCACGAACGCACUUUCCCCUUUUUUGCAUUUCUAGGUACGCGUGACCAAUUUAGCCGCCUGCUUCAUGACUCGGGCUUAGUUUCAAGCUCCAGCAGUGAUGACACGGUCAAUUACUUUUCUGGAAACAUGGAACUGGUUAAGGUAAUGAAGUUGUGUUGGCACAGUUUUUUGAUUUAUCAAUUCCCAUCUACGAGAGAAAUAUCCGUGUUAAAAUUAACGUUGACGACAACUUGACAGUGACACGUUUCCGCAAUAAAAUUUGGCAAGCAAUCAUAGGUUUUUCUUUUAACUAUGAAUUUUUCAUUAUAAUAUAUAACAUAUAUCCUCUUUACGCUAAUAGAUAGUCACGUAUGGAAUUUUUACCUUAAAUGAGAAGUAGGUCGACUUGAUAAUAAUUUGACCAUGUGUAGAAGAAAACUGUUUUGAUAUCAGAUUUGAACCGUUUUUGAGAAAUGCCUGAAUUUGUCCUCGGAAACUUUCCUGUCGCUUUUCUAUUCGUUUCUUAUUUAUUUAAGCUAGAAAUAGUUUGUAUCAGAUCAAAUUGUAAAUUUCAAAGCCGGUUACUCAUCUAAAAGCAAAAUUAGUUGAGGUGGAAAAUGUGCUGACUAGUAUUCUGACUAUCUAGCGUUUGUUCGUUAAUUACCUCAAAAAGGAUAUAUUCAAUUCAUUUUUUUUUCUUUUUUUUUUUCUUGAAACUGACUGCUCUGUGUCACGUUUGCGGCGAGUGAAGAGGAGCGAAGACGAUAAGCGGGCGCUUAAAAACGGUGGGGUGCGGCUGUGCCCUCCGGCAAAAGUUUCGCUUGUCAGUCUGGAAGGAAGAAUUUCCAAAUGCUGGUCAAGUUUCCAGAGUGCAAAAAAAUUUGCAAUUUAUUCAAGGAAAAUAAAAGAAAAAACCGUCGAAUUCUUUACAUUUUGGUAUAAUUUUCAAUCAGUGUAGUUUUCACAAGUUCAUGGAAAUUAACUCUCUUGAACCUACUGAAAGUAUGUAUAUCUGCUUAAAUUCUUCGUACAUAGGCGAUUUUAUGCGCCGGUUUGUUCCCCAAUGCUGUUAAAGUUGGUCUUGCCUUGGAGUCAAAAGGAAGAGGAGGAAAGAAGCGAGUCAGAGUUGGUUUUCGAACCAAGUAAGUGGAGCCUCCCCUAAUCAAGCUAAUUUUUAAUUACAAAUGUUCCUUGAAAAGGUUUUCUUUGAAGAGUUGACAUCUCCUCGCCUUUUUUUUAAAGCCUUUUCACAGGCUACAUGAAAACAUAGGAAAAAAGCCUUUUCCACACGUUCAGUUAAUAAAAAGAAGCGCGAUAGUCGCGGAGGACCGAAAAAAUCGAGUGAGGCUGGGUCUGGGGGCGUAAUGAUGCGACCCAAGCCUCUCUCCUUUUCGCUCUGUAGCUACAAAAUUGCGCCGUUUACUAUUUCGCUAUUUUUUUUUCUAACUGAACGCCUGGAAUAGGCUAAUACCGUAGUGAGUGUUUUCAAAUUUAUCUGGGAAGUCGAAUGAGCCUGGUGCCCCCAAACUGCGUUUGUGUGGUCUUCCCCUUACCAUUAGCAAAGUAAAACCCAAAUUUGGUGGUAAUUUUUGUGGUAUUUUUUUACUUCUUUGUAGAUCUGAUGGAAGAGUCGUAUUGCAUCCUUCCUCGGUAAAUUCUGACGAGAAACAAUUUCCUAACCAGUGGCUUGUGUACCAUGACAAAGUAAGGGAAAAUUUUGUUGUCUUAACCAUGCAACAUCUUGUACUUGAAGUGCUAAUAAAAAUGACGUCGUGUCGAGUCGCCGUUUCCCGCUUUUGACAGAAGUUGCUAUCACAGCGAUUUUUUAAAGAGAGUGGAGAAGUAUACGAAUGAAAUGUUUAGAAACAUUCUGCACAUCCUCGUCGGCCUUUGGUUCUCAAAUGUUGAUUUUUUUCGUAGGUGAAGUCCUCCCAAGUGUUUAUCCGUGACAGUAGUAUGGUCCAUCCUGUUGCUUUGAUCUGUUUCUCUGGAAAGGACGUAAGCGAAAUUCAUCAAGGUAAUAUAGUUAUUCAAUGCUUCAUUCACAUCACUAAUAAUUCCUCAGUAUCAUCCACAUCUCCAAUCUGUUUUUUCUUGAUUCAAGGCUACCGACUUCAUGCAUUUUUUUUUAAUUCAUUGACAGUGUUGUCAAGUUCACUUCGCUCUGUGAUUGGUCCGCUAGUUUUUUGUUGAUUAAUGGGACGUUUGCGAAGUUUAAACCAUGUAAUUUAGAGGAUCUUGUACUCUUAAAUGAUCCAUGAGGCGUUUGUUGGUAGCGUUAUUUGCUAUGCGGCAUUGUUCUGAAUCACCAUUAAGGUCACUUUAGCUCUGUUUCACGAUGCUCAAGUGUUAGCCUUGAGACACAGAUUUUAGGAAGGAUUAAAUCCUACUCCAAUUGUAUUUCAGAGCACGGCCCCUCAGCACAGCAGCCCCGUGUUACACUGGCGGUGGAUGGGGACCGCUGGAUGGCGUAUUACUGUACGCCAAGGCUGGCCCGAGUGCUGAAGGCCAUUAGACCGGAGAUAAACAAGAUGGUGGCUUGUAGUGUUUCAGCUGCAGUUACAGAUAACGCGCUGUUUUACUAUCACGGCAAGUUGAUGGAGACUGUGGCCUUGUUGCUUACCCUGCCAGUACAGAAACCUCUCUCAUCUUCCCCUUGGUAGCAAUGACUUCUGUGAAUGCUGAGGUCACUGUGAUACUGUCAGUAGUGCUCCAAAGAACUCGAGACGUUUGAUACUCCAUUUAGGUGUCCGUUAGUGCAGCUCAAGCAUAGUUAUUUUCAAAUCGCCAGACGAGUAACACUGAGCUGCGCAAACCGGCACUUUAACGAUAGAACCAGAAAUAUCGUCAUACAAUCUCUGUAAGGGUAAUAUUCCAUUGACCUCGGCUAUUAAUCUCGUAAGAUUUUCUCAGAGUGGAAAGUUCACGUAGUGUUUUACAUCAGUAUGGAAACUUAUCAUCUUAUUUUUUGGUAUUUUGUAGAAUCAGAUCUUUAUUUCCUUUAUCCAAUGAAGAUUAGAUUAGAAAUAUAUUCCUUGGGCCGAUGAAUUGUGGUUUAAGAGCUCUUUUGAGUUUGCUAAACUUAAAAUACCUUGAAUAUAUCUCUGGCUUUUUUUGUUGUUCCCAAUAAAAACAACAGGUUAG